GUUCUUGACGUCCCUUAAGAUGGCCACAACGGGAGCUCCUACCGUUUAUCCUUAUAGUUACAAGUACACCCCCACCAUGGAGUCUCCGUACAAUAGCACUACCGCUGCCUAUCAUAGUCAGCGUUCCGUUACUCCCGCGACGAACAAUACCCGCGCAAUGAAUGGACGGUACUCGUCAGCCCCUCGCGAUCGCGUUGGAAAUCUUCCUCACCACACCACUCCGAGCCACAACCCGACUCGUGCCAUGACACCCGAUCGUUACAUGGGCGCGGCUUAUAACAGUAACGCUGCGGCAGAGGAGGUGCCACUACGCAGAGCGCCGGCGGCGAAUGGAUUGAUUCGUUUAAGUUUGAAGAAACCCAUGGGCAUCGUGUUCGAGCCAAUGUACGAUCCGCAACAACCUUCGCAUCAGCGAGGUGUCCGGAUUUGCGAUCUGCCUCGAACCGGUGCUGCCGCUCUUUCACAUCAGCUCGAGAUUGGCGACGAGCUUUUGAGCAUUAACGAUAGAACCGUUUCGAGACUGAACUUUGACGAAAUUAUGGAUUUCAUCAUUGAAGCGGAUCCGGAAUGCGUGCAUUUGUUGUUUCGCCGCCCACGGAAGACAGCCACAGUUUCGCCCCGAGCUUUGUCGGCACCAAGGAAGAUCGAGAACCCUCCUGCCGAAAACACUGCUUCCAAAAUAAAAUGGGAAGAACCGGAACGCACUAUAUCUGAGAAAAAGAAACGACCCAAAAAAGGGACCAAAAAGCUGCGCAAAACAAAAAAGAAGGCGUCUCGUGAAGACGAAACGACUGGGACACUUACAGAAGGAGACGAGUCCUACGUCCAGCCAAAAUCAUCUCGGCGAAGUGGCAAUCGCGGUUCCAAAGCAUCGAAUCCCUAUGAAUCCGAGUCCUUCUUGGACACGUUGAUUGACACUAUUUGUUCGAACUCCAACAAUAUUUGUCGUGACACUUUUCGAAGGGUGGGUUCGUUUUCGGAUUACGAGGAUUCAUUAGAAAACGAAACGCUUACAUCGGAACGCGACGAGUCCUCCUAUGUUACUUACGAAGACGACUCGACGGUGGACCCGCAAACUAGGAAAAAAGGAUCUGCGUCAAAACCCAACAUGAAAAAAGAUGAAAAGCAUGACAAUGCACACGUUCCCGUGAGCAAAGUCACCGACCACCCCGAACAAUUAGUUUUGCCCGAUACAGCCAUCUCUAAAACCAUGUCGAUAUCUACUCCGAAGCAGCCUUCACCGCCAGCGAUACCAACAACGGCUUUGGGCCCCAUCAAUACAACCGCAAAAACUCCUGCUGCUCCAGUUCAAGAAGUCGAAUACGAUGAUGAAUUUGACCAUGGUGCGGAGGUUUCCGUUAUGGAAAGUUUAGGGGGGCCGUCUUUGUUACUUGAAAAACAACGCAUCGCUAUGAAGACACAGGCGGCCAUCACCAAUCACACUGUGCCGGAAGACAUAAUUUCCCAAUUUGGUCAGGGUUACCCAGCUCACCCAGGCAUGUCGACGGCCGAGACUAUCCAAGCUGAUCCUCUCCAGUUCUAUUCAUAUGUUGUUGAGUCCUUGCUUGAACAAUACGAACCGGAGAAAGUCCGACUUUUGGACAAGCUGCUGGCGAAGUAUACAGGACGCGAAGACCAUUUAGUGCAAAAACUGUCGGUUCGUUACCAAACGCAAAAUGGCACAAGCAAUGAUCAAGCCUUUAAUGAUGCUGUUCAAAAAACAAAGUCGAGUCUAGCAGCGGAUGUUGCCAUUACUGCUGCAAAGUACCGCAUGGAAGAACAAGGAUCUUGGCCCGAGAAGGAAGAAAAGGUGGACGAUAUGCCAGUCUUGAGCUCUCGCUUCUCAGAAAAGGAAGAUGAGGACGAAGAUGAUGAUCAUCGCGCUAUGGAAGACGAAGAUGAUGAAAGCGGCUCAGAGUAUUCGAAUGACGUCGAUGGCACAUCUCCUGCCGUAAUUGCCCAAGUGUCUGAGCUGCUCAACUAUGUGUAUGGCAAAACAUCGGUACCCGGUCAAAUCGAUCGUGUGAGUACCAUUAUGCGAGCAUACGAAGGGCGCGAGGCGGUCCUGCUUGAAUUGCUGGAAACCAAAGCUCUGAUCAAGGCUAAGAAAGAAAAGGAAAAAUCUGGUCCCUUGCCAUCCUUUUUACGGCACUCCCAAACAACCAAUAAUGUUGCAAAUGUGUACGGCCACACUUUGCCGCCCGUCACGCCCAUGGCGACAAAUGAGGCUUUGGAAGCGAACGGUUCUGCAGCUCUUUUACAAGACGAUAUUUCAAGUAUGAGUGGCAUUUCGAGUCCCGCUGAUGAACAUGGAAUUGGUCCGACGGCACCAAGGACGAAUGAUCAUCAAUUGGACUUUUCUUCCACAAACAGACAAACGGAAACGACAGCAAUGCCUGCUGCUGUGAUACCAAAGAAGAAAAAAGGUUUGUUUGGCGGCUUGUUCAAGAAAAAGUCAACGAUUACUACGCCGAAUCGAGCUGUGCGCCACAAAAACCACCGGACCGUAAAAGGCGUCACCAGCUUGGAGGGAUCCAUCUAA